AGUUAAUAGAGUAGAUACAACCUUGCCGAAGAUGAAGAAUAUACAAUAUUGAGGAGAUUUUUUUCUUUUUUCUUUCAAGUCUUGAUUUGUGGCUUGCCUCAAGUUACCACUUUUCAGUCAAGUCUGUUUGCUUCUUCAGAAAUGUUUUUUACAAUCUCAAGAAAAAAUAUGUCCCAGAAAUUGAGUUUACUGUUGCUUGUAUUUGGACUCAUUUGGGGAUUGAUGUUACUGCACUAUACUUUUCAACAACCAAGACAUCAAAGCAGUGUCAAGUUACGUGAGCAAAUACUAGACUUAAGCAAAAGAUAUGUUAAAGCUCUAGCAGAGGAAAAUAAGAACACAGUGGAUGUCGAGAAUGGUGCUUCUAUGGCAGGAUAUGCGGAUCUGAAAAGAACAAUUGCUGUCCUUCUGGAUGACAUUUUGCAACGAUUGGUGAAGCUGGAGAACAAAGUUGACUAUAUUGUUGUGAAUGGCUCAGCAACCAACACCACCAAUGGUACUAGUGGGAAUUUGGUGCCAGUAACCACAAAUAAAAGAACGAAUGUCUCAGGCAGUAUCAGAUAGCAGUUGAAAAUCACCUUGUGCUGCUCCAUCCACUGUGGAUUAUAUCCUAUGGCAGAAAAGCUUUAUAAUCGCUGGCUUAGGACAGAGCAAUACUUUACAAUGAAAGCUCUACACAUUUUCAAGGAGUAUGCUGGAUUCAUGGAACUCUAAUUCUGUACAUAAAAAUUUUAAAGUUAUUUGUUUGCUUUCAGGCAAGUCUGUUCAAUGCUGUACUAUGUCCUUAACGGGAAUUCAGUAAUUUGGUUGAUGUGGUAAGCAGGUAGGUGAGUUUCGUAUAAAUCUUUUGUGUUUGAGAUCAAGCUGAAAUGAAAACACUGAGAAACAUGGAUUCAUUUCUAUAACAUAUUUAUUUAAGUAUAUAACAUGUUUUUUGGACAAGUGAAGAAUGUUUAAUCAUUCUGUCAUUUGUUCUCAAUAGAUGUAACUGUUAGACUAAGGCUAUUUGAAAAAAUGUGCUUAUUUCUAGUACUAUAUUUUGUUAUUCCAAUUAUGAGCAGAGAAAGGAAAUAUAAUGUUGAAAAUAAUGUUUUGAAAUCAUGACCCAAAGAAUGUAUUGAUUUGCACUAUCCUUCAGAAUAACUGAAGGUUAAUUAUUGUAUAUUUUUAAAAAUUACACUUAUAAGAGUAUAAUCUUGAAAUGGGUAGCAGCCACUGUCCAUUACCUAUCGUAAACAUUGGGGCAAUUUAAUAACAGCAUUAAAAUGGUUGUAAACUAAUCUCAUACUUAAAUUUUUCUCAUAUUCUGAAGAAUAAAAGAUAUUUUUAUGAUGAGAGUAAUAAUAACUAAAGUAUUCAUGAUUUUUCACAUACAUGAAUGUUCAUUUAAAAGUUUAACCCUUUGAGUGUCUUUGCUAUCAGGAAAGUACAUUAUUUCCAUAUUUGGGUUAAUUUUGCUUUUAUUAUAUUGGUCCAAGAGGAAGGGACUUGGGAGACUGGAACUCUUGACUUAACCAGAUGUAUAUAGUAAAGGUACUUUUGUGCUGCAUUAAAUUGCUUGGAAAAUGUUAACAUUAUAUUAUAUAAGAGUAUCCUUUAUGAAAUUUUGAAUUUGUAUAACAGAUACAUUAGAUACUCAUUUUAUAUAAUGGCCACUUAAAAUGAUUAAGAACAUUUAAAAUAUAAACUAUGAAGAUUGACUAUCUUUUCAGGAAAAAGGCUGUAUAUAGCACAGGGAACCCUAAUCUUGGGUAAUUCUAGUAUAAAACAAAUUAUACUUUUAUUUAAAUUUCUCUUGUAGCAAAUCUAAUUGCCACAUGGUGCCCUAUAUUUCAUAGUAUUUAUUCUCUAUGAUAACUGCUUAAGUGCAGCUAGCUUCUAGAUUUAGACUAUAUAGAAUUUAGUUUAGAUAUUGUAUUGUUCAUCAUUACAAUAUGCUACCACAUGUAGUAGCAAUAAUUAUAAUAUUUUAUUAAAAUAAAUAUGUGAAAUAUUGUUUCAUGAAAGACAGAUUUCCAAAUCUCUGUUCUCUUCUCUGUACUCUCUGCCUUUAUGUGAAGAAAUUAAUUAUAUACCAUUGCCAGGUAGAAGUUCGGAAUAAUUGUUUAGUCUCUUCUAUUAGAUGUGGACAUUUUUGUUUUUGUUUUUUUUUUCAGGGAUGAAAUAAAAUAUAUUAUUUCUACCUA